UGUGUAUACUGUUCAUUCCUUUCCCACACACAGGCGCAUAUCCCUUGUGCUCUUCCUCCGUCAGUUUGAAUGUUUCCAUAUGUUUACUUGUAUCGGCGAUGUUUAAUGUUUUAUCCUAACUGAAGAAUAUAACCCACUAUUGCAGUAUAAGUCAUAUCUCUUUUGAGCUCUAUAAGUAAUGCGAACCGAAAUAGAGAACACUCGUGGACGAUUCGAGUUCAGACUUUUUCUUCAAACUUAUCAUUCCAUAGUUACUCAAAUGUCACCUCUCUGGGAUUAGUUGAACUUCACAGCAUGAAGUUUUUGACGCUACAUCCCUUUGGCUUCCCUUUCCUGUCGUCUAUUCAAGGAAACCAGAACGAAAUCGGAUCCUCUAGCUAAAAGAGGAAACAGAAAACUAUUAUCUUUUGUCUUCCUUAGUAUCUCUUCGUUCGGCACAGAAUCAAUACGUUCUGCUGUGGCAUUACGAGGGCAUCAGUGGAACCAUGAACAACUGUACAGUCGAUCACGAUUUGGCCAUGCCGUUCUUGGCUUACAUUGCUGUAUCGGCGAUAAUCUAUGCUGCUGGAACUCUCUGCAACUUAGCCUGCGUGUGGUGUCUGGUGCACUGUUCCAGAACAAGCAUCGGCAUGAAAGUUCAACUGGGAUGUUUUUUUGGGCUCUUGUUGGUACAGUGUGCCGUAUCCGAUCCCCUUGUUAUGACAUCGCUCACAAGCGGCUUCUUUUGUGGAAGUCUCCAGCCGGCCUUCAGGGCGUGCACCUUAAUUUUUGGGAACAUUGUGGUCGAUCUGGAACGCUGUCACUUCGCAGCCAUGGCCGUCUACAGGCUUCUUGCAGUGCGCUGGCCCUUCGUGUACAAGCGAGCGUGCGAGUUGAGGAAAGUGGUCGUGUCUGAGGUCGUGAUGGCUAUCUCCGCCACUGUUACGUGGGUCGUGCCGCUGUUUCUUAAGAAACUUGAAUUAGAGGACCUUUCGUUUUUGACUGGAAACGGAAAGGGGAACCCGCAAACGUACUCCACCAUCAGGCUGUUGUUCGGACUUGGUUACUUCGUUCCACUGGGUGUUAGCCUGGUUUCAUACGUCGCCAUCAUGAUCACGAUCGUGCAGAGGAGGAGGAAGCUGCAGACGAGGGACAGCCUGCCCGUGGCGACCGCGCGGAGGGACCAGCUUCACUUUAUCAUCCAAGUAAUUCUUGUCACUUUCAUCCUUAUAGACGUCCCACACACCGUCAUCCACCAGAUCUAUUCUGUGGAUAUCAGACUUGCGUCCUACAUCAUCCACUUUAUCUUUAGUCUUCAUUUGAUCAUUGAUCCGAUGAUCUUUAUCGGGCUGAACCAGAACUACAGAGAGCGCCUGGUGGAGUGCAUCAUCCCUCGCCAUUGUCGUUGCAAGAAACAAAAAAUCGCUGCGGAGAUUCAGCAGGUGGAACAGGAGUUAACUCAUCCUUCGGUUACUUCGCGAAUGCCAAGCUAAGAUGGAUUAUUAUCGUAAUCCAACUCAUAAACAGUAUAUAGAGGUCUGGUGAUGCCCGGGGCCAAUUGAUUGUACGCCCCAAAACACUCAAAUAUAAGACCUAGUACUGAGAAAUAUCAUGAGAAAAGGAGAUAUUUUGAAGAUGAAAACACAGAUGAUACCUGAAAUAAACAAUUCGAUUUAAAUAUAAAUGUCAAA